CAUUCCGUGGCUUCCCGGUAGCUCGUUUUGCGCCUGCGCCCUCCGAUCAGUCGCCUUUCGACCCCUUGUUUCCCCCGCCGGAGUUGAUAUCUGGACCUCGCGCGACUUUCAAUCUCUUGUUGCGAUGUUGUCCUUCUCUUUUAUUUGGGCGACUCGGCCUCUGCGGAGAUGUGGUCAGCUGGUUGGGAUGGCCGUGCGGUGCCAACACAGUGAGGCGGCCCAGACUCAGACUGGAGAAGCAAGCAAGGGCUGGUCAGGCCAGGAGAGUCUAUCAGACAGUGACCCUGAGAUGUGGGAGCUGCUGCGGAGAGAGAAGGACAGGCAGUGUCGUGGCCUGGAGCUCAUUGCUUCAGAGAACUUCUGCAGCCGAGCUGCGCUGGAGGCCCUGGGGUCCUGUCUGAACAACAAGUACUCGGAGGGUUAUCCUGGCAAGAGGUACUAUGGAGGAGCCGAGGUGGUGGAUGAGAUCGAGCUGCUGUGUCAGCGCCGGGCCCUGGAGGCCUUUGACCUGGAUCCGGCUCAGUGGGGAGUCAAUGUCCAGCCCUACUCCGGGUCCCCAGCCAACCUGGCUGCCUACACAGCCCUUCUGCAGCCUCACGACCGACUCAUGGGGCUGGACUUGCCCGAUGGGGGCCAUCUCACCCACGGCUACAUGUCUGAUGUCAAGCGAGUCUCGGCCACAUCCAUCUUCUUCGAGUCUAUGCCUUAUAAGCUGAACCCCCAGACCGGCCUCAUUGACUAUGAGCAGCUGGCCCUCACUGCUCGGCUCUUCAGGCCACGACUCAUCAUAGCUGGUACCAGUGCCUAUGCGCGCCUCAUUGACUACGCCCGCAUGAGAGAAGUGUGUGACGAGGUCAAGGCACACCUCUUGGCAGACAUGGCCCACAUCAGUGGCCUGGUGGCUGCCAAGGUGAUCCCCUCACCCUUCAAGCACGCGGAUGUUGUCACCACGACCACUCACAAGACCCUUCGAGGGGCCAGGGCAGGACUCAUCUUCUACCGGAAGGGGGUGCGGGCUGUGGACCCCAAAAGUGGCCGAGAGAUCCCUUACACAUUCGAGGACCGAAUCAACUUUGCUGUGUUCCCAUCCCUGCAGGGGGGCCCCCACAACCACGCCAUCGCUGCAGUGGCUGUGGCCCUACAGCAGGCCUGCACCCCCAUGUUCCGGGAGUACUCCCUGCAGAUUCUGAAGAACGCUCGGGCCAUGGCUGAUGCCCUGCUGGAGCGGGGCUACUCCCUAGUGUCUGGCGGCACUGACAACCAUCUAGUGCUGGUAGACCUGCGGCCAAAGGGCCUGGACGGAGCUCGAGCCGAACGGGUGUUGGAACUUGUAUCCAUCACGGCCAACAAGAACACCUGUCCUGGAGAUCGAAGUGCCAUCACCCCUGGGGGCCUGCGGCUGGGGGCCCCAGCCCUGACUUCUCGAGGGUUCCGUGAAGAUGACUUCCGGAAAGUUGUAGGCUUUAUAGAUGAAGGUGUCAACAUUGGCUUGGAAGUGAAGAGCAAGACCACCAAACUCCAGGAUUUCAAAUCUUUCCUGCUCAAAGACCCAGAGACAAGUCAUCAGCUGGCCGACCUUAGGCAACGCGUGGAGCAGUUCGCCAGGGCCUUCCCCAUGCCUGGCUUUGAUGAUCACUGAAGGCGCCUAAGAAAUGAAGCCCGCGGACUGACAUUUCUCCCUCUUCCCCUUCCUGGACAAGCUGGGGAGGGGGUGGUAACUGCUCCUCUUCCAGUUUUCUGCUGGAGGGAAGGGCCGCCCACUUAGGGCAAGAGCCACAUGUAGUUCCCCUUCUCAGAAUGUGGAGCUGAGAAGGCUUCUUCUUGCAAUAACAGUUGGAAGGAGGAGGCUUGGAGCUUUCUGCCCUAACCUCUCCCAUUAUCUCAGUAUUAUAGACCCUCUGCCCUUUCUUGGGGAGGGGGGAGUUCCUCUCCUGAGCCAGAGGAAGGGGUGGGUAGGCACCCUCCUUUCUGUUUUUGUCUAAUAAAAUACCAACCUGC